GGGAGAGAAGAAGAGGUUUUUCGCAGAGCUGGUCGAGAAUGAGACAGAAAACAUGAACGGUCUUUAAAUGACGCCGAAAAAAGGAGCUUUUAUUCAACAUUAACCGGGUUUACCGACUAGGGGGGUGUUUAAGGAGCCCUGACCGCUUCCAGCUGAUCCUUGUCCGUUUGUUUUUGGGGCGCUAUGGAUAAGGUGUUGAGUAGUGGUGGUACACCCACUGGCCCUGUGGUCCAGGUGUGUUUUCCCAAUGUGCGAGCGUCAGUGCUGGACAACCUGAAUCGGCAGCGAGAGGAGGGCCGGCUGUGUGAUCUGUCCAUCCAGGUCCAGGGCCAGGUGUUCAGGGCCCAUCGCUGCGUGUUGGCAGCUUCUUCACCUUAUUUUCAUGACCAGGUUCUGCUGAAAAACGUCACUACGGUGUCUCUGCCGUCGGUCAUGGACCCCCUAGCCUUCGAGAGUGUCCUGAACUCUGCCUACACGGGUCAGCUGAGCAUUGUGCGUGAUGACAUCGUCAACUACGUAACGGUAGCCAGCUUCCUGCAGAUGUGGCACAUCGUGGACAAGUGCACGGACAUCCUAAAGAGGUCACGGCCUUUGACGCAGGUCAGCCCUGGUGAGGCCAGCUCCUCCCGGCACCAGUCUCCCAGCAGCUCGGACUGCUGCCUGACGGACCCUGAGGAGCGAGAGCGAGGACAGAGCGAUCAUGGCCCGGCCCAGGAAAGAAAGCCUCUCAUGGGGGAGCAUGGCACUCUACCUCCCCUGGCCACCUGGAGGAGACCCCAGCAACUCCAGCAUCAGCAGGGCAGGUGGGGCAGAUCCAGGCUCUCUCUCCCCUCCCAAAACAGACCGGAAACUCCCCCUUCCAACUGCAGCCCUGCUGGGGAAGGAGAUCCGCCCUGCAGCCCAGAGAGUCUGUGGAUGACCAGCAGUGGCACCGCUGCAAAUGAUAGACACCGAGUCCGUGCCCGACUGAGGGGGCCACAGGAAAGCAGGGAGCGAGGGAUGAGGGAGGAUGAGGAAAGGAGGCGAGGGGAGAGGUGGAUGGAGGCAGAUGAAGGUGUAGGGGAAGAGUUGGAGGAGGAGAGAGUGAAGGUGGAGUUGGAGGAGCGUGGCGCCGGAGGCUGUGGCUCAGGGGCAACUCUCAAAGAGGAGGGAGAGAGAGAGGGAGGGAGAGAAAGUGCAGAGAGGGACAGAGAGCAGGAGGAAAGGUUUCUGUCAGCUCAGGAGCCACAGGAAUCGCUCACCACAGCAGGAACCGCUCCUCCGCCUCUCCUGGGGCCCUCUGCACGUGUUCAGUGGCAGCCUGAGGCCGACUGGUCGGCAGGCCCGUAUACUCAGCCGGCCGGCAGGUUGCUGGAGGAUCAUUCCAGAGCAAAGGACGGCGAAGAUGAUGUGGAAGAAGAGAUGGACUUCAGCCGUUUCGCUGAGGCAGGUUUUGAGGGCGACACCUAUGAUGAGAUUGAGGAGGGCACAGGACAGGUUUCACAGAGACCUUUGCUGCCCGUGUCACCUGGCGGCAGUGCCGCAGGUGAAUUUGUGCUGGGGCCUUCAGAGUUAACCUGGACAUCUGGAGCUCUCUCUCCCCCAUCACACUCUUCCUCUCUCCCUCCUUCCUCCUCUCCCAUCCCCUCCUCCUCCUCUCCCCCAUCCCUGGCAGGAGCACCCUACACGGGCAAAGUGCACUUCUGCCACUGUGGGAAGGCCUUCACGCUGAAGAGCAUGCGCGACCGCCACGUCAAAAUGCAGCACCUGAACCUGCGGCCCUUCGCCUGCCCAGUCUGUGCCAAGAGCUUCAAGAUGAAGCACCACCUGACCAAGCACGUGAAGACACAUGGCGGCCUGCGCCCAUAUGAGUGCGCGUUCUGUGGCAAAAAGAUCGUCUGGAGGGACAGUUAUCUCAAGCACCAGGCGCGGUGCCAGCGCCUUGCCGCCAAGGCAGCCGCACCUGGGCAUCAUCCUGCCGACACAGCCGCUGAUGGCAACGAAGCAGAGCCAGGGCAGGAGGAGGCGGGGUUUGAGUAUGGAGUUUACAUGUGUGAAGGGCAGGGCCAGGUGAAGGUGGAGCAGGGCGAGGCGCAAGCAGAUGAAAGCUGCAUGGAGGGGUUAGUGGGGAGAAUUUCGGGACAGGACAGAGUUCUGAUGGAGCAGGUUCUAAAGGAGGAAGAUAGUGGUAGGUACACGUGAGAAAGAAAGUGAAACCUGCCGUUCUUAUCAAACCUUUCCAUCUCUGUGCUGACAUGAGGUUGCCGUCUACUUUCAGUGUCCCAGUCCAGGCUAAUCUUACUGUCAAGGAGCUUUUUCAGAAGUUGUCCACUUUUCAGCAUCUGAGGCAGCAAAUGAAAUGACCAGGUUUCAGGACCCUGUCUAACCCACAAGUCACAAUCCAGCUGGACAACUUCAGAAAAUGCAAAACGGCCCUAUCAUUCUAGGUUUCUCCCAAACUCUGUCAGUGAUAGUCUCACCUUUUUUACAGUGGGCACUUGCGUCUGAGCUGACGAUACCCUGUUUAUUAACUAAGAAGCCACAACUUUGUCGUAUUAGUAGCUCAAAAUAAAGACACAAUGCUUGACCUGCAGGAACAAGUAGCACAUUUAGUCAUAUUUUUUAAGCUGUAAGUAGCACAUCUGGUAAUGUUACAUUCAUUUAAAGCUGUACCAUGUAAAAUCAGUUUGUUAAAAUUGAAAAGAUUAGUCAGGAGAAGAAAAAAUAUGCUAAAAUAUGGUGUGUGAAAAAUAAUUUAAAAGCCAGACACACUCGGAAGACGUCCUUCGCCAAGUUUGAAAUCUCUUUGAAUUAUCUUUCAACGUAUUCGCAAUUUAUUAUUUAUCCACUCAGUGAAGGGGUCCGAAGCACAACCCAUGUUGCAAAAUGUUUUUCUGCAUGUUGCGUGUAAUUACACAUUUCCACCAGAGAGGUCUCCAAAUUCCCAAAACCUACAUAGUGCAGCUUUAAGAUCAGAAAAAUAAAUUCAUGUUGAGUAAAAUUCAGCAAGUGGUUUUGAGAGACUGCAGGAGUUGUAACAUUUCAAUGAAGCCAUUUGAAUGAACUGUAUGUGUCCUAAAACACAUGUAAUGUAUUCCAGCAGCAAAAAAGCAAGAUGAGCAGCAUCUGAUGGUGCAAGGCUAGCUAGAACAAUUGAGAAGAGGAGCUGAUUUUAGAUCACCACUUUCACUCAGAUACAUGGCCUCCAUGUGCACUGAUGAUAAAUGACUGAUGCAGAUAUGACUGCUGAUAAAUGGUUGAUGUCGCUGCUGCCAUUGGCCUUAAUGGAUUAACACAGGUAUUUCCACAAAGAAAGUUACAUGGGACAUUCGUGCAUGGAACGGUAUGCAGUAUUAACGUACCCAAACAUAAAUUAUUUUUAAAAGUGUUGUUUUUCUUCAACCAGGUAGAUGUUUGAGUUCAAACAAUACUGUUCUAUUUGACAAGCUUUAAGCAUCGAUUAAGCACUUGUGAAGAUGGAAAACAACAAAUAUUUGAACCUAAAUGACUUUGAAUGACAAAUGUUAACCUACACCAUCCAUGUGAGGAAACGCAAGAUCUGUUUGUGGGCCACAUGUCAUGUUCAUGGAUAUGGAUGUAAGACACGGCUUUUGUUAAUUUGAUGUGAAAUGUGUCACUUUGGCCUCAUGGACCGUGCUUUGUGUAGCUUCAUAUGCAGUUCCUGUUCUUCCCCACUGGGGGGAGUGCUGGCAGAGCUUUAGUGCUAAAUGUCAAUCAUUUGUAUGAUACUAAGUGAUGUCUAUAAAUAAAGAUUUUUUCAGACACGUGUCA